AUGAGCAAAGAAAAGGACGUGGCAGUUGAUGAGUCGUGGGGUCCCAGAUUGGCGGCUGGUCUGGGUUUCCCGGAGUUGUGGAAGUCCAACAUGUGUUGCGAGAGUUAUGGAGACUUGUUUGUUCGGAGAAGGUUUAUCUCCUUUCAGGCGAGGAUGGCAGAGGGAUUGUUCAUAAAUGCGAGGUUAAGCCAAACUGAAGCCCUGGUGUUCCUUUUUCAUCCUUUCGCCACCUAUCUUUCGAGCCACAGCCAUGUGUUGAGGCGGCCUCAAACGAGGAAGAAGGCUACAGUCAUCGAUUAG